AUGGCUCAACCUACUCAAAACAAGCAGUGGCUAACUCGCCAGGAUGGUCUGGAAAAGCUCUACAGAGGAGAGGCCGCCAUCCCCCAGCCAGGCGAGAAGGAGGUUUUGGUCAAGAUUCAAGCUGUAUCAUUGAAUUAUCGCGACACUGAGGUAGCAAAUGGCCUCUACAACCACCACAAGAGUCUGGACGAGAACAACGAGCCCCUCGUUUUGGCAUCCGACAUGUGCGGAACCAUUGUCAAGGCUGGACCUGGAGCUUCCCUUAAAGAAGGACAGAGAGUCUUGUCGAUCUUCCUGCAGACUCACCAGACAGGCCAGGUUCAGGAGAGCGAUAUGGCAUCCGGAAUGGGACUGCCUCUAGAGGGCGUUCUUCAAGAAUACCGCGUCUUCCCCGACACUGCUUUGGUCACUGUGCCCGACUAUUUGAGCAACGAGGAAGCCGCCACUUUGCCAAUCGCUGGUACAACCGCUUUCAUGGCUAUGAACUGGAUGCAGCCGAUGGGAAAGCCUGUCAGCAACCCCGAGACAACCGUCUUGUUCCAGGGCACUGGCGGAGUGUCGAUCAGUGGUUUACAGAUUGCCAAGGCAUGUGGCCUGAAAGCCAUCGUGACCUCGUCUUCGGAUGAGAAGCUUGAGAGAGCCCGUCAGCUGGGAGCUGACUACACCAUCAACUACAAGAAGUUCCCCAACUGGUCUGAGAAGGCUAUGGAAUUCACCAAGGGCAAAGGCGUAGAUAUCAUCCUCGAGUGCGGCGGUGCCCAAACUGUGCGUCAAAGCUUCGAUUCUAUCGCAUUUGGUGGUCUCAUCUCGAGCAUUGGCUACCUAUCCGGUAAGCAGGACACCGAGAGUGAUGCACUCAACAUCAAUGUCCUAGCCUUGAGACGCAAUGUCACUCUCAAGGGUCAUAUCAAUGGACCAAAAGACAGAUUUGAGGAGAUGUUGCAGCUCUACGCCGAGAAGCAGAUUCAUCCGGUUGUAGACAAGGUCUUUAGCUUCGACGAGGCAAAGGACGCCAUGCAAUAUCUUGCCAAGGGUGGCCAUUUCGGCAAGGUCGUCAUCAAGGUCGCAUAA